AUGAUUUCUGGGCCCCGUCCCGCUACUGCUCGCCUUUCAGGCAGACGGCUAGUCUCAGCCUUCACUGUCCAGCGUUGCGGACUUCAUUAUGAUGGGCGAAGCCGAGUCUCAAAUUUUUGGAUUCCCACUGGUGGAAUAUCGAAAAAAGCUGUUGUUGGAGAAAAAGGUGCACGGAUCAUGGCUCGACGAGAAUUUCCUUUGACAAUUGCUAACAAAGCACUAGAAGACGCAAAUGAUCUUUUAAUCAGAGGAGGAUUCCUCCGACAAGUUUCCCUGUCCUCAAUAUCCUCGCAGGAGCUCUGGGAGCAGUCUGGCCGAUUGACCGAAGGCUCAGAGGUAUUCCGCUUUAACGACCGGAGGGACGCUCGUUUCUUGCUCGCCCCUACCCAUGAAGAAGAAAUCACCACCCUGGUAGGAGGCCUCACCACAUCCUACAAGAGCCUUCCUUUACGACCGAGGCCAAGACAAGGCCUCUUUCGCGGGCGAGAGUUUAUCAUGAAAGACCUUUAUACUUUCGACUACAGCGUGAAUGAAGCAUUGAAGACAUAUUCGGCUGUAAAGCAUGCUUACACACAGCUUUUUGACGAACUGAAGAUUCCCUAUCUGGUUGCGGCCGCAGACUCAGGGAAUAUGGGUGGUACCCUCAGCCACGAGUUCCAUUUCAUUAGCAACAAAGGAGAAGAUCGCGUUGUCAGUUGUUCUAAUUGUGACCAUGUAUACAAUGAAGAACUUGCGGAUGGGAAAACACACAGCUUCGCUGAAACCUCCGACCAGGGCUCUGUUCCCGGAUUCCAGACAGACGAUGCGCAUGUGGGAGGCGGUUCAACCGUUUCAAAUGGUAUGUGGAUGGCCAUUUCACAUGAUGGGUCUACUCUCCUGCGGGGCUGGUAUCCCAAAUUCUCGAUGCAGAAUGGUUCUUCGGAGCCGGCCGAGCGACACAUCAACUCACAUGCAGUCAAGGCCGUUGCAACUGCAGCUGGCGUUGACCUGGACCUCAGUGUGGAAAACCCCCUAGAAAAAUGGGCUUCGCACGUCAAAGCCCGCGACUCGUCAGAGAAACCGCGUGUGCUUGAUCUAUACGACUCAGAAGUGCGAGUGUAUCAGCGUCCUCCGCUGAGCGACUUACUCCAGGAAGUUGGCUGCACGGCCGCGGAUAUUGAGUAUUCGAUGCUUGACCGCUUCCCUGGCACAUCCAACAAGCUGAGUUUGGUCCGCGUCCAUGACGGGGAUCACUGCUCACACUGCGCAAAGGGACUACUAACGAGUCACCUAGCGGUCGAACUUGGUCACACGUUCCACUUGGGAACUCGUUAUAGCGAACCACUCAAUGCGAUGGUCUCGGUCAAUUCAGCAGUUCUCGACGGCACCGCAGAGUCAGGAAACAAAUCUGCCAAGGAGCAGAUUGUGCCAAUGCAGAUGGGUUGCCACGGAAUCGGCGUCUCUCGCAUGAUAGCCGCUGUGGUGAACCGCUUGGCAGAUUCCAAAGGGCUCAACUGGCCUCGUGCUAUUGCUCCAUUUGAAGUUGUCAUCGUCCCUGGCAAGGGUCUGGACUCUGUGGCAGAACAGGUCUAUGAUGGCCUUACAUCCGGGGCUUCGGGGCCUAUUGAUACCCUUCUUGAUGACCGUGACAAGGGUAUGGGCUGGAAGCUGGGAGAUGCCGACUUGAUCGGCUACCCAGUGAUUGUAGUUGUUGGCAAUGGUUGGAAGAAGAACCAGACCCUGGAGGUGCAAUGCCGCCGCUUGGGUGUGAAGGAAGAUGUGGCGCUCGGUUCGCUACCGGCCUUCAUUGAAGGUCUACUUUCCCAGCUUUAA